AUGGCUAAGGAAACCUCAUUUUGUCAUGUCUUCUUGAGCUUCAGAGGGGAAACUCGCAACAAGUUUACAUGCUUCUUGUACGAGGCUUUGAGGGCUCAAGGAUUUGUAGUUUUCAUGGACAAAACGGAUAUUUGUGUCGGAGAUGAAGUGGAUUUAAGGAUCAAAGAGGGGAUCAGAAACUCUAUGAGCGCCAUAAUUAUAUUUUCCCAAAAUUAUGCUUAUUCUACGUGGUGUCUGGAUGAACUCGUCCUCAUUUUAGAACACAGAAAGAACUCCAAGUAUUUUAUCAUACCGAUUUUGUAUGAGGUUGAAAUCAGAGAUAUUAAAUACCAGCUUGGGAAUUACGGCCUUGCGCUUGAAAAGCAUAGGGAAAGACACAGCGACAAGGUGGAGAAGUGGAGAGAAGCUCUGGUAGAAGUUGGUAAAAUUCUUGGAGACCAUGUGGAGGGGUAA